GUUGUCACACAGGUGCGUGAGCCGAGACAGUCCCCUCCGCAGCGGCACCGGAGGAGCAGCCGCGGCAGCAGCAGCCGCGGGCACGAGAUCUUGUCAUCGCGAAGGAGGGAAGCGGCUCGGUAACGACAUCAGCCAGCUCCGGACCGCCAUAAUCUUGGACACCGCUCGGCCGUAGCCAUGUCGCAGUUCUCGGACGUCUGCGCGAAGGCCAUGGGCUUUGCUGGACGUCCACGCGCGCCAUGGCCCGGGUCGCGGAGCUGGUCGCGGUGCGGGGCGCGGUGACGUCAUGGGCGUCAAGAGUGGUGGCGCCCCCUCCCGAGACCCCCGCAGAGUGCGACCCCCCUGGGGCUCACCCCGCACGCCCCCCGGCAGCCCCGCGGGCAGCACGCCCCCCCAGCGCCGCCGUCGCUGACCCGCCGCCGCUCGCCGGCCGACGCCGAGCCGUGGUGACCGCGCGGGGCAGCUGGACCCGCCGAUUGAGCCGGUGCUGCGCCCUGCCCCGCACCCCGCCGCGUACCCCACCCCGCCCGCGCCGCCUGCCCUAGGGCGAGCCUAGGGCGCAGGGCCAUGGCUGUGCCCGGGGCGGGCCCGGACGCCAACCAGGAAGACGAGGACGACGUCCACGGGGACGCCGGCGUCACGGCGGCCUCGCACCCGUCCUGCCGCUGCCCGCGCACAGAGUGGAGCGGGCCGCGGGCAGCCGCCGACCAGAGGGACAGCGACAGGCGCAGCGAGGGACCCCAGGCCUGCGCCCGAGUCCGGGAAGGGGACUGAGCCAAGAUGCCGGGCGGGCGCAGGGGGCUGGUGGCGCCCCAGAAUACAUUCCUCGAGAACAUCAUCCGGCGCUCCACCUCGCAGCCGGACAGCAGCUUCUUGCUGGCCAACGCGCAGAUCGUCGAUUUCCCCAUCGUGUACUGCAACGAAUCUUUCUGUAAAAUUUCCGGCUACAACAGGGCAGAGGUGAUGCAGAAGUCAUGUCGCUGCACCUUCAUGUACGGCGAGCUCACCGACAAAGAGACCAUCUCCAGGAUCGACAUGGUGCUGGACAACCAACUGCACGACCAGUUCGAGAUCCUGCUCUACAAGAAAAACACCCCCGUCGUAAAGCCAUUCGGACUGCCACUCACUUUGCAAACACCAUUAUGGCUGCUUCUACAAAUCGCCCCGAUCAAGAACGAGCGCGACCUGGUGGUGCUGUUCCUGCUCACCUUCAGGGACAUCACCGCACUCAAGCAGCCCAUCGAGACCGACGACAACAAAGGAGCAGGACUCAGCAAAUUCGCCAAGUUGGCUCGGUCGGUGACUCGCAGUCGGUCGGUGCUCGUGUCCCAGUUCUCCUCCCACCUCCCCAACCUCAAGGACACCACCAAGCAGUCCAACUUGGCGCAUAUGAUGAGCUUGAGUGCGGACGUGAUGCCCCAGUACCGCCAGGAGGCCCCCAAGACGCCGCCCCACAUCCUGCUGCACUACUGCGCCUUCAAGGCCAUCUGGGACUGGAUCAUCCUCUGCCUCACCUUCUACACCGCCAUCAUGGUGCCUUACAACGUGGCUUUCAAGAACAAGACGUCCGAGGACGUGUCCCUGCUGGUCGUCGACUCGAUCGUCGACGUCAUCUUCUUCAUCGACAUCGUCCUCAACUUCCACACGACGUUUGUGGGGCCGGGCGGCGAGGUGGUGUCCGACCCCAAAGUGAUCCGCAUGAACUACCUCAAGUCCUGGUUCAUCAUCGACCUGCUCUCCUGCUUGCCGUACGACGUGUUCAACGCGUUUGACCACGACGAGGACGGCAUCGGAUCGUUGUUCAGCGCGCUCAAGGUGGUGCGCCUGCUCCGGCUGGGCCGGGUGGUCCGCAAGUUGGACCGCUACCUGGAGUACGGCGCCGCCAUGCUCAUCCUCCUGCUCUGCUUCUACAUGCUCGUGGCACACUGGCUGGCGUGCAUCUGGUACUCUAUCGGCCGGUCGGACGCGGACAACGGCAUCCAGUACUCGUGGCUGUGGAAGCUGGCCAACGUGACGCAGUCGCCCUACCUCUACGCGUGGAACAACGAGACCAACAUGCCCGAGCUCACCAACGGGCCCAGCAGGAAGACCAUGUACGUCACCGCGCUCUACUUCACCAUGACGUGCAUGACGAGCGUGGGCUUCGGCAACGUGGCGGCCGAAACGGACAACGAGAAGAUCUUCACCAUCUGCAUGAUGAUCAUCGCCGCACUCCUGUACGCUACCAUCUUCGGUCACGUGACGACCAUUAUCCAGCAGAUGACGUCGGCCACGGCCAAGUACCACGACAUGCUCAACAACGUGCGCGAGUUCAUGAAGCUACACGAAGUGCCCAAGGGAUUGUCGGAAAGGGUCAUGGACUACGUGGUGUCCACAUGGGCCAUGACCAAGGGGUUGGACACGGAUAAGGUAAACCAGGUCCUCAACUACUGUCCCAAGGACAUGAAGGCCGACAUUUGCGUGCACCUCAACCGCAAGGUGUUCAACGAACACCCCGCCUUCCGCCUGGCGAGCGACGGCUGCCUGCGCGCGCUGGCCAUGCACUUCACCAUGUCGCACUCGGCGCCGGGCGACCUCCUCUACCACACGGGCGAGUCCAUCGACUCGCUCUGCUUUAUCGUCACCGGGUCGCUGGAGGUCAUCCAGGACGACGAGGUGGUCGCCAUCCUGGGCAAAGGCGACGUGUUCGGCGACUCCUUCUGGAAGGACUCCGCCGUGGGCCAGUCAGCGGCCAACGUCCGCGCGCUCACCUACUGCGACCUGCACACCAUCAAGCGCGACAAGCUACUGGAGGUGCUGGACUUCUACCAGGCCUUCGCUAACUCAUUCGCCAGGAACUUGGUGCUCACGUACAACCUUCGGCACCGGCUUAUUUUCCGCAAGGUGGCGGACGUCCGGCGGGAGAAGGAGCUGGCGGAGAGGCGAAAGAACGAGCCGCAGCUGGACCAGAACCAGGACCACCUUGUCCGCAAGAUCUUCUCCAAGUUCCGGAGGGACAGGGCCUCACACCAGCAGACAGCGCCGUCCCCCAGCCAAGAUGUGGAGAGAGGGGGUGACUCCCUCAGCGACGGCGGCGGCGGAAGCGGCGGCGAGGGAGAGAGAGUGAAGCCGGUGCUGACGAAGCAGCUAUCUAGCGUCGUAGAGAGGGACAGCUCUGAGCCGGAGAGCGGGGGCGGCUCGGCGGGAGGCGGCGACGCCGGCGGCGGCUCGUCCCUGGCGGUGGUGGCGGCCCGGCCAGCGCGGCCCGGCCCCGCGCGCGCCUCCAAGUGGGGCCGCCUGCUGGGCUCCAGCUCGUUGGACUCCGGCAGCGAGUCGGCAAGCGGCGGUGCGGGUGCGGGCGCAGUGUCUGCCUCCGGGCUGGCCGGAGCGCUGAGCGCGGCGGCGCGCUCGAGCUCCUCCGGCGGUGGUUCGGGCUCCGGGUCCAGCGGCGGCGGGCCGUCGGGGCCGUCGGCCUCCGGUUCCGGGAACAAGGUGUUCCCCAAGCUGCAGAAGGUGGCGGCGCCAAGCUCGGGGCCGGGGGCCGGGACGGGGCCGGGACCCCCCGUCGCGAUGCUGCCCGCCAUCACUCGCCAAGAGACCAUCGAGGAGAUGGUUGAACUGGAGGAGCGGGACCUGCAGCGAGGCCAGGCGGGGGCGCCGGCCCAGGCGUUGGCGCAGGGUCUGGCGCAGGGCCCCUCACCCAUCUCGGGCGUGCAGUACAAGGAGUUGAUAGGGAACAUCAUGGACUUCAAGGUAGACGUUAAACUGGAAGUGCAGCGCCUCAAUCAGAAGGUGUCGCGCAUGGAGGACAUUCUCGCGGACAUUGCCUCUAAGCUGCAGAACGUGGUGGUGGCGCACGCCCCCGCGCCGGCCCCCACGCCUGUCUCCACCCCCGCCCCUGCGCCAGACGCCCACCCCCGUGCCACAACCCCCCAGGCGCUGACGCUGAUGCUACCGGUGCCCCUUAUCGUGGAGGCCAGUGCGACCGAGGCCUCCUCCAUGCCCGGGACCCCGGGCGCAGGUCCGUCCGCUGGUCCGUCCGGUAGUGACAGUGCUCCGCUCAGCCUCACGGCACCCACGCCGGGCAGUGUGAUCCUCAAGAAGCGACGGAGUAAAUCUCGGACUAAAGCUGCGGCUCCCGCCAUCCCCGGCCCUCCUCCGGGAUCAGCCGCGGCCCCACCACCGCCUCCCCCGCCCCGGCACACGCCCACCGAGGCGCGGACUCCCGACGAGCCCGGGGCGGGGGCAGCGGGGGGCACGACGAGUGCGGGCAGCGCGAGCGCGAGCAGCACCCCGGGGACACCCCCAGACGAUGAGGGCAAGAGGCCUGGGAGCAGGAGGCCGAGGGAGUUCCUAUAGCGGCGGCAGCUGCGGCGUGUGUAGCAGGCUGUGUGUGGACGCUUUAAUUAGGGCAAACUUGAGUGAUGAGGAAAAAAAAUCUUUUUUUACGCAUUUGAACAUUUUGUACUCAUUUCCUUACAAGUGAUUCAAGUCUGUCGCUAAAAAUUGCGAAGCCUUCUGGACCAGGAGAUGUCAAACAAAAAUGAUCAUCAUCCAUUGUUUCAUACAUCCGUGCAUAAGCAAAGGUGCUCUUUUGAAAGAUAAUAUUUUUUAGGAAAUGGGACAUGAAAUAUUUUUUAGAUACAUGUCAAUUAGUCUGGUCCAAAAAUUGUUGUUGCUAGUUGUUAAUUUUCACCUUCAAGAUACUUCAAUAAAAAGGACUAGAAAGUCAAACGAGUCAUGCUUUUAUGGAGGAGUACAUACAUAGUCAUGUGUGCAGACACUCCAACAACAAUUGGUAUUAUAGCAGCUAAAAAACUCCAAGAUCAAAAAUUGUUGAAUGAAAAGGUUCAUAUCUCUCUUGGUGAGGGAGUGGAUUGUUUACAUUUAAGUUAAAAAUUCUUUAAGUUUUCUGAGGCUUGAAUGAAUUUUUCACUGUAAUAUGACAUUCAUUACUGCAUUUAUGUAAAACCCACACCUCUUGACUUGUUACAAAAAUAAUGUGGUAAUAUGAAUAUUUGAUAUAUUUUGUAAACACAGAAAUGGUUAGUGAAGUUUCCAGAAAAUUUAACUUUAAUAGUCAAAAGAGCAGGGUAUGGCUCAGGGAACAUCAAGGUAUGGAUGACAGGAAAGCAGUACUGUUUCUGACAAAUUUAAGAACUAAUCGCUCUAGACUUUCGUAAAGGAAAACAUUCGUUUCAUAAAUUGCUUUGGCAAUAAGAAUUGUUGAGAACUUCCUAGCUGCAUAGCUUUAGUUAGUAAAAAUGAUUAAAUGCACUUUGGAAUACUAAACAUCAUACAUCUUUCCUGCACAAAAUCUGUCCUUCUGUCUGUAGUUCAUCUCACAUAUCGGACCAUCCAUGCUAAUUCUUCUAUCCCUUUUCUCUGAAGUGAAGCUUGGCUUUCUGCUUUGAAACUAAUACUGUAAAUGCAGCUUUUUCAUGUGCAGACAAGAAGGCUGAUUCAGUUAUCUCAGAAGAUACUAAGUCUGUAGAACAGGGGUUAAAAUUUAAAUGAACAGCAAACUGUAGUUUUCUAUUUUUUUAACAUGUGAUUGUUUAGUUGAUUUCUAACACCACUGGUUUGGUAAGGAUAUAUUGCGCAGCAGGAUUCAAAGUUUUAUUAUACAACCAGCAUCAGUUCUUCUUCUUCUUGCUACAAUAUUACUUAUUUUCUUUGUUCUCAAAGAAUGUAUUCUGAGGUACUGGUUGCUUAUUUCUGCCAAUCAUGCUAGUUACUCAGGUUAGCCAAGGAUAAAGGGGUUUCUCCUACCUUACAUCAAAUAUCUGUCGGACAUUUAACUAAAUUUUGUAAAAAUGAAUGUUAUAAUACGAUUGCAUUAAAAGCGUCCAAAAGUUUUGGAAUGAUUGCAAACAAAAAUAGUUUCAGGACAUGGCCAAAAUAUUCCAUAUAUCAGGGACCAACUAAAUUGAAAUUUACUCAAACAGAAAUUACUUAUAAUUUUUGCCCUUACAAGUUCCUUUUGUAUUAAGGGUGAAACUCAAGCAAUAUGGCCAUUCCACUAUUGGUUUCAGGAUUUUGGCUGAUCUGAUAAAACACUAAGUAAAGAUUUAGCAUGUACCACCAAUCAUGAAAUGGUGCAUUUUCUAAUGAAAAGUAAUAAAACUGUUGAAGUGUCCUUGAAUUAUUAUUAUGACAAUUCUCAGAAAAGAAGAUUAAAUUUUGUUUUGCUGCCUUGCUUUUACAAACUUUUAUGUGAUCAGUAUUUGAAACUUUGAUGUCCACUCCAAAGAAUAGGUGGAAUUGAAAUUUUGAACAAAUAUCCUUGUUAACUUUUUGGUUCAUGUGUCAAUUGUACUUAUUGUAGUUUACAGAUUAAUAAGACCUUUGGCAAUCCAGCAAUUAAUAAAUGAGGCUCGCUCCACACAAACAAGAACAGUCAAGUGAUUCACUAAUGCUGCUUACUUCAAAUUUUGGUUUUAAACAAUUGAGAAAUAAGGCUGCUUUUUUUCAUAGGUAUGAAUGAAAUUUGAUUCUCAUAUACUUGAUAGUUGAUAUGAUCAAAGACAAUUCUUUCUAAGGAAGGGGGGGAAAGCAAAACUUGAAUAUGUGGAAACACACAAGCUCUUAAUUUAUAGGCAAAUGCACCUGAGCCACUGAGCCAGCUUUAGAUUUUGUGUUUGGUUAAACCACUGCUAAAAAGUUUUAGUCUGGCACUUUCAGGAGACAGGUAACCUCCUACUUUAUAAAAAUUUCAUAGUGAUAUAACUUGACUUGCUGUGUAAGUUUUCAGUCCAGUGCCUAGAAGAAAUACAUGCCCUUGCAAGCACCAUACACUGCAAACAAAACAAUUGACAUGAUGGUGAACAGUUAUGGUUCUUGUCACACGAGGUGAUAAUUAAGAUCUGUAGGUUUUCUUUCCCUGCCAGGGUAGAAAUACCUAGAUGUUGGUACUGAGCCUCAUUAAAGAAGAUCCUGUUAAGAAUUUUUGGUAGGGUUUACAACUGUUUGUCUACGUGGUCUAUUAGCUCAAUUCAAGUGCUCAAUGUUGCAUUCUAAGAUAAGCAAGCUACUCUUAUUCCUUGAUGUUUUUAUGAGUUGUGCAUCUUGCUGAGGUUUCUUUUGGAUUAAGUUCUAUCAUGUGAUAUGUUGUAUUCUUUUUAUUUUCUUGCUUUCAAUUUUAAAGGGUGAUAGCAUCAACAGCUAAGAAGAAACAAAAUGAUGAGAGUUCUAACAAGUCACUCCACUGACAUAAUUUUCAUUGUCUUGUCAUAUUUCUUCAUUACGGAAUUUAAAAAUAAUAAUUUAAAAAAUAUUAAAACAACAGCAUUACAACUGCCAAGACCUGCUGAUUUACGCAGAUGGAUCUGAAUAAAGGUUACAUUUGAAUUUCCUAAAAGAGCAAUAAUUUUUAAAGUUAUAGGUGAGAGGUUAGUUAUAGGUGAGAUCAAGUUCAAUAAGAAAUUUGUUAGGAAACUGGUAAUGCUCAACAGAAGAGAAAAUAAUAAUGACAGUUGUUUCCUAACCGCUGUUUUGGAGAUCAAGCAUUUCUUCAAAUUAAGUAAUUCAGAAAGCUCUUCCAAAAAUUUAAACAUAAAACUGGAAAUGCAGUAAAUUAAGAUAAAUGGCAGAGAAAACCGCCUAUUACUAAUCUUGAAAAUAACCUUCCCCCUGUAAAAACUUGCACAGAAUGAAGAUGAGCUGUUUGUUUGUUUGUUUUUGUUUUUCCGACAGGAAACAUAAUUCAACUAACAGAGUAUAAACCAUACUGUUUUUUUGAAAAUAAACAUGUGAUAAAAGCU